UCUAUCCUGCAUUACUUGAACACUUUUCUAUCGAUAUCUGUUCAUCCUACCAAACACCAGUCAACAUGUCCAUCGAACGCGCCUCACAGAAGGACCUUCACUUAGUUACCAUGAACACGCCCAAUGGCCAAAAGGUUCAGAUCGCACUCGAAGAACUCAAACAGGUCUAUAAGACAGAGUUCUCCUUUGAACUUGUGGAUAUCACAACCAACAAACAAAAGGAGGAUUGGUUUUUGAAGAUCAAUCCAAAUGGCAGAAUUCCUACCUUGAUUGAUCAUCAUCAAAAGUCUCUCGAAGACGCUUCUUUGCCUUUUACAGUCAUGGAGAGCGCUGCAAUUCUACUUUACCUCGCGAAGAAAGUCGAUAAGGAUCAUGUGUUUGGGUUCACUGAUCCUCUUGAACGAUCAGCAGCCUUACAAUGGAUCUUCUUUGGUAUGGCUGGCGUGGGGCCGAUGCAAGGCCAAUUCAAUCAUUUCAACUUGUACGCGCCGGAGAAGAUUCCUUACGCCAUCAAGCGCUACCACGAUGAAACCUUGAGAUUAUAUGGCGUACUCGAGAUUCAACUAUCAGGCCAGUUCACAGGUGUCAAAAAGGAGUACUUGGUAGGAAAAGGAAAAGGGAAAUACUCUUGGGCCGACAUGGCUAUCUAUCCUUGGGUUGCAUGUUACGAAAGGUCGGGUAUCACCAAAGAAGAGUUUGCAAAGCUUGAGUGUCUUAAGGCAUGGCUUGACCGGAUUGGCGAGCGUGAAGCUGUUAAAGUUGGUUCUGGGUCAAAGUACAGCUUGCCCAAGAAAUAAAGUUUGUAAGGCUUGUCCUUUCAACUACCCUGAAUUAAUGAGACAAGACCACAGCUUGGAUCCCAAGUUUUUUGGUCUUUUCGCUGAAUGCGAAGUGUCACUUGUAAAAUCACUCUACUUUAUAUUUAUCUACACCCUUUGGGCCAAAUUGCAUAUAAUUUAUCCCAC